UCUCAGAUCACUCCUAGCUCAGCACCAGAGCCCUGACAGUUCCUUACGCACUUUGAAUCAUGGCACCUACCAACAUUUCUAUGGAUAACCACUCACCAAAGGAAAAAAACAAACUGCGAAAACCCCUUGUGGAAAAGAUGCGCAGAGACAGGAUCAACAACAGUAUUGAGCAGCUAAAGGUUCUACUGGAAAAAGAGUUUCACAAACAGCAGCCUAAUGUCAAGCUGGAGAAAGCAGAUAUCUUGGAGAUGGCAGUGAGCUACUUACAACAACAAAAAAAUCAACAUCAGACCAUCAGUGUGGAGAGUCUACAGCAAGACUUCAACCAAGGCUUUUCCUGGUGUGUUAGAGAAGCCUUUCAGUUUCUAUGUCAUUAUCCAGAAACCGGAGAUGCCCAUAAGAAAUUGCUCAGUCAUCUGAAAGUGCCACAGAAAGUUUCGGCUCUUCCUUAUCUUGCAAGCCCCACUGGAUCAAAACAAGUUGUACCAGCAAUCUGUCCAGCAAAGAUAUGGAGACCGUGGUGAUGUAACAUCAUAAACCAGAGGACUUUAUAAACAAAGAGGAAAAGAUAUGGCUUGAUAUAAGUCACGUAUGCCUCUGCCAGUAAGGAACUGUGUUCUACAGCUAUUCACGAGUAUGCUUGGAUAUAACAAAAAAGACCUCAACAACAAUAAGAGACUACUCUGAAAAGCAGUGUGUUUAUCCCAAGGGAUUAAUGUUUUUUUUUAAAGUCUUCAAUGAAGAGAGUUAUAUUAAUAUUACUUUUGAAAAAGUUUAUUUUAGUGUUAACUUUUACAGGUUUGCUGAAUGUUUAUCAUUUAUGGUAACUAAUGUGUUUUUAUUGUUUUUCUCUAUUUGCUAUAGAAAAGUUCUAUAACAUUUAUAGACAAGGUGUAUUUAAUGGAGGACUAUACAUUGCCGUGCAAUAUACAAGGAAUUAUUAUAUAAUGAAUAUAAUGCAGAAGAAAAUCUGCUGAAGGGUUUACUAAUGUUCCUCCGUGUAAAAUGAGUAACUUCUAAGAAGAUGAUUUGCAAAUGGAGGAAUAUAGUGAAUGAUUUUACAUUUUGAUGUGUUCCUUCUGUGAAGUUGCCCUUAUAGAGAUGUAUUACCUAUAACAUUUAUAGAAUCAUGCCUUACUUUUAGUAUUCCUAAUAGGACAAGUCGAAGUGUAGUUUAAUUUGCUCUACAUUUAAAGCGUUUUUAAUGUAUUUGUCUAACAAAUGCUUCUGAGUAUAUUGCCUCAAGAACUGUACAUUAAUCAAUAUAUACAGUAAUCAAAAUGUCAGCUGUUAUAACAUUCAAUAUUAAGGACUGUAUACGUAGAGUAAAAGUUAAUAGAAUAAAAUUCUAACCAACUCUUAGGUAACCUGUGAGCCCACCAGUAUUUGUCUAGUAUGGCAUGCUGGUACUUGUUGUUCCACAACAUCUGAAGAGUCAUAGGUUACAAACAGCUGUCCUCCUUUAUAUCUUAAUACAAGUAACUUUUUUUAAAAGUUUACAAAUAUCCACUUUCUAUUCUUUAAAUGACAGAGGUGAUAUUUUGUAUAGUAAUUAUGUUUUAUAAACAGAAUGUUAAGAUGUCUCUGCUGCAUUCUGAAAACAAUGUCUUUUACAAAGACGCUUGUUUCAAGCAGUGAUAAUGUGUUUUUCAUAAUUUCUAAAGAAUAUCAGAUAUUUACAUGUCAGCCUACACUUUAGAAAGAAAAAGACAUUGCACAAAAUAUUUUUGUAUGUAACUUCAUUGUAUUUAUCAUCCUCUGGGGAUGUUGUGUGUUUACUACACAGAAACUGUGAUUUAAAUGCUCUAAGAAGUCUGAAGGAAUAUCGCACAAAAAUCAAAAUAAAAUAUUCCUUAAACUGAA